AUGGACAAGGCUCGUCGGGCAUAUCGGAUCGCUGCUGAGGCCGGCUUCGCUGACGCACAGUACCAUCUGGGCAUGUGCUUCCGAGAUGGUAUCGGGACGGCACCCGAUCUGCCCCAGGCUCUCGGCUGGUUCUCUCGGGCUGCUCAAGCUGGCCAUGUCCCAGCUCAAUACCACACAGCGUUGUGCUUUGAGCAAGGAGCAGAUCUAGCUCCAGACCAAGACAAGCUGGUUGAAUGGCUGGAACGAGCCGCUCGCGGCGGAUAUCUGGAUGCACAAAUCAAACUCGGCUGUCUGCUCGAAGAGCGGGCACAGAACGACGCGGACUGCCGGCGGGCAUUUGAGCUGUACUUGGAAGCCGCCAACGGCCGAAGCACAGAAGCUCAAUAUCAUCUCGGUCGCUGCUUCGAGAGAGGCAUCGGUACCCCAGCCGACAUAACACAUGCUCUUCACUGGUACGGACUCGCAGCCAAUCAGGCCCACCCAGAAGCAAGACGCCGACUUCUGCCGCUCUCGCUCGAGUACUCCAGGCGCGGCAACACUGAAGCCGAGUUUGCUCUUGGGCUUUGCUUCGAUCGGGGAAUCGGUACCAGUCCGGAACAGGGCAAGGCCAUCGAAUGGUAUCGCAAGGCGGCAAGACAAGGCCACACGGAUGCGCAGAGUCGACUUUUUGACCUGCUGGAGGACAUCGAGGGCUCAACCCCCGAGGAGCAAUGCGAGUUGGCACGGUGUUUCGAGGAUUGCAAGGGAUACCAGGCCAGUAACCGGCUGGCGCUUGAGUGGCUCCUCAAAGCUGCCAAGCAAGGCUGUGCAGCUGCAGGGAGUCAGCUGCUUCGUCUAUCGGGUUCACUGGCAGCCCAAAACGAUAGAGAUGCCAAGCUGUAUCUUGGCAUUUGCCUCCGUGACGGCUAUGGAACCGAGCCGGAUCUACACCACGCGCUCUCCUGCUUCCGUGAGUCCGCUGAAGCAGCCGAUCAUCGAGGCCAACAAGCUCUCUUCCGAUUAUCCUUGGACAUGGCCAAGCAGAGACACAGCAAGGAAACAGUUGGUCUCGGGCUCUGCCCCCACCAAGCUGAUGGCAUUACCCUGAACGUGGAUUGGGCGACAGAGCCGCUUCAACAAGCAGCCGAUGUUGGCCACGGCGAGUCCAGUCACGGGAUUGAAGACGCGCUGGUAGACGAUAAGCUAGUAUCCGACCGGACAUUGAGCACUCGAAAUCAGCUGUUGAGCCAAUGA